AUGAAUCGUUCCCAAAGAAUAGUUAGACAACUACCCAAGCAAGACUUGGCUUUAUCAGCCUGCAAAUUCGUCGAACCUGAAAACUGCGAUAGUUACCAUGAUUUUAUCUCGGGUAGAAAUGACGUAGCAUUAGACGUAGGGGUGGCAAAACUGACCCCACCAAAUAGUACGUGUGCGCAUUGUUACAAACCAAUCCAUAGUCAACAGAUAAGUGUAGCUGCACCUAGAUUAGGUAAAUCUGUAUGGCAUCCUUCUUGUUUUAAGUGUACUAGUUGUGAUGAUCUGUUGGUGGACCUUGCGUACUGCGUUUACGAGGAUAGCAUUUAUUGCGAAAGACAUUACGCAGAAAAAUUGAAGCCAAGGUGUGCUGGAUGCGAUGAGUUGAUUUUCAGUGGAGAAUACACAAAGGCCAUGAACAAGGACUGGCACGGCCAACACUUCUGCUGCUGGCAGUGCGACGAGAGCCUUACAGGACAACGGUACGUCCUCAGGGACGAACAUCCUUACUGCGUCUCCUGCUACGAGUCCGUCUUCGCCAAUGCUUGCGAGAAAUGCAGCAGAAUCAUCGGUAUAGAUUCCAAGGAUUUAUCUUACAAAGACAAGCAUUGGCACGAAGCAUGCUUCCUAUGCACCACCUGCGGGGAAUCCUUGGUAGACAAGCAAUUUGGAUCCAAAGGUGACAGGAUCUACUGCGGUAACUGUUACGAUCAACAGUUUGCCUCCAGGUGCGAUGGCUGCCACGAAAUCUUCAGAGCUGGUACCAAGAAAAUGGAAUACAAGACCAGGCAAUGGCACGAGAAAUGUUUCUGUUGUUGCGUAUGUAAAGUACCGAUCGGCACACAGAGCUUCAUCCCACGCGAACAAGAAAUAUUUUGCGCCAAGUGCUACGAAGAGAAGUUCGCCACUCGCUGCAUCAAAUGCAACAAGGUCAUCACCAGCGGCGGCGUAACCUACAAGAACGAACCAUGGCACAGGGAGUGCUUCACCUGCACUCACUGCACGAAAUCGUUGGCCGGCGAACGCUUCACAUCGCGCGACGACAAGCCUUACUGCGCCGAAUGCUUCGGCGAGCUGUUUGCCAAACGAUGCACGGCCUGCAGCAAACCAAUCACCGGUAUCGGAGGCACCAAGUUCAUCUCGUUCGAGGACCGUCACUGGCACAACGAUUGCUUCUUCUGCGCCAACUGCAGAACGAGCUUGGUUGGUCGCGGAUUCAUCACCGAUCAGGAGGACAUCAUCUGUCCCGAUUGCGCCAAAGCCAAGCUCAUGUAA